CAGCGUGUGCGACUGCGCGCCUGACGGCCCCUUUGCGACGGCUGCCGUGACUGCCGUAAAGCAAGGUCGCCGCGGCUGCUGUAGAGUGAGAAAUAUCUCUUUGUUCACAAAAACAAGAUUAUCUUCCUGUUUCAUGAAGAAGAUGAUAACAACUGGGUUACUGUUAAAAACAUCUGCGGGAAGACCACAGACCAAUGAGUAGAAUCAAUAAGAACGUGAUCUUGGCCCUCCUAACACUGACAAGUUCUGCGUUUCUACUGUUUCAGCUCUACUACUACAAGCACUAUCUGUCAGCCAAGAAUGGAACUGGCUCAUCAAAAUCCAAGGGACACCGAAUUGGAUUCGAUAGCACACAGUGGCGUGCAGUUAAGAAAUUUGUUAUGCUGACAUCCAGCCAAAAUGUGCCGGUGUUCCUUAUCGACCCUUGGAUUCUGGAAUUGAUUAAUAAAAACUUUGAAGAAGUGAAAAAUACUUCUCAGGGCCCCGCUUCAGACUGCAGGUUCUUCUGUGUUCCACGAGACUUCACUGCGUUUGCGCUGCAGUAUCACCUGUGGAAGAACGAGGAUGGCUGGUUUCGGAUAGCUGAGAAUAUGGGAUUUCAGUGCCUAAAAAUUGAAAGCAAAGAUCCUCGGCUAGAUGGAAUAGACUCACUUUCUGGAACUGAGAUCCCCCUGCACUAUGUCUGUAAGCUGGCCACUCACGCCAUCCACUUGGUGGUCUUUCAUGAGCGGAGUGGCAACUACCUCUGGCAUGGUCACCUACGACUCAGAGGACACAUGGACAGAAAGUUUGUUCCUUUUCGAAAGUUACAGUUUGGUCGUUAUCCUGGAGCUUUUGACAGGCCAGAGUUGCAGCAAGUUACUAUUGAUGGGCUAGACGUGCUUAUUCCGAAAGACCCAGGACACUUUCUAGAAGAAGUGCCACGCUCCAGAUUUAUCGAGUGCAGGUAUAAAGAAGCUCGGGCGUUUCUUCAGCAGUACCUUGAGGAUAACACUGUGGAUGCUAUGGUCUUUCGGAAGAGGGCGAAGGAAUUACUGCAACUAGCAGCCAGAACAUUGAAGGAAUUGGGAGUGCCCUUUUGGCUGAGCAGUGGAACCUGUCUAGGAUGGUAUCGGCAGUGCAGUAUUAUCCCUUAUAGCAAAGAUGUCGACCUAGGAAUUUUCAUACAAGAUUACAAACCUGAUAUUAUUUUGGCAUUUCAGAAUGCGGGACUUCCACUCAAACACAAGUUUGGGAAGGUAGAAGACAGCUUGGAGCUCUCCUUCCAGGGACAGGAUGACGUAAAACUUGACAUUUUUUUCUUCUAUGAAGAGACUGACCAUAUGUGGAAUGGAGGCACUCAGGCCAAAACAGGAAAAAAGUUUAAGUACCUGUUUCCCAAGUUCACACUGUGUUGGACGGAGUUUGCAGACAUGAAAGUCCAUGUGCCCUGUGAAACAGUUGACUACAUUGAAGCCAACUAUGGUAAGACCUGGAAGAUUCCUGUCAAGACAUGGGACUGGAAGAGCUCACCCCCAAAUGUUCAGCCCAAUGGGAUCUGGCCUAUUUCUGAGUGGGACGAGGUUAUACAGUUGUACUGAGAGUACAAAGUUAAGGAGGGACAUUUCCCAACAAGAAGAUGGGCAGCUGUUCAAAGCACCCUGUCUUUUUGCUGCACAUGAGAGCCAAAGAAGAUAAAUGACAAGUGGACCAUCUAAUUAGCUCUGCCAUUCAGCAAUUUCUGAGGAGUUUCUACACCAGGUGAAAUACUAGGUUCUGGUGGGCAGGCAGAGAUGAACGAGCAAAUGCUGCCUCUCUCCUGUCAUGUUGGUAAGCACUCCAGUUUUCUUUUAAGGGAAUGUCCCCCACCCUCUGAAGAGCUGAUGUACGUUACGAUGUAUUCCAUAAUGAUUCUUAAAAUGUUGAGUAAUGUUUACGCUGGAAAGUGAGCUCAUCAUUCAAAGCUAAGGAGUACGUUAGUUAGGAAUCGUUCAUUCCUGCCUGUCCUCUGGAUUUAAGCUGCUGCGUUCAUGCCACUUUUGAGAUUGUGGAAUGUGAGUUAGUACUUCAUGAGUGAUCAGACUUUAUGUUGCAUAGAGAAAGAUAGUGGCAGACUCGUCUAACAAGCAUUUCUACCACAGUUGGCUUAAAACAGGGCGAUUUAUAAAGGGAGAUGAGAGCCAAUUUCAAGCCUUGUCAGGAUUCAUAGCUUCAUGUUUGAAGUGAGAGGUUGAUACCUACAUGAGGCUUAUGUUUCCGACAUCACAGGAACAUCUUCUCUGACCUGCAGUAGCACGUGCUGAUGCGUCUCUCCGUCAUGCCGUCUGAAAGCUGUGAUUUCCCAAGGCUUACUUUCCUUAUUUCAGUCUCAGUCACUCUUAGAUUUAAAAAUAGGAGUAAUUCAUGGAUAUUUUUUAUUUUCUGAACUCAGAACUCUUCUACCCUUCAUUUUAAUGUUGACACUAAAUACUAAUAGAUACACCUCUGAGGUUUCUAAAUAGACCCUUUAUUUAUUUAUCAACAGUAGCUCUGUUUCUCUAAUAUAUAGCCUACACACUGAUUUAUUUAAAAUAAAGAUACGACUGUUGUUCUCUCCAAUACUACUUCAGGUUUCCAUAAUGGAGGCUUAAUAUGAACCUGAUAACUCUUCCUUGUUCCAGAUCACUGCUUUUAAAGCCUGUGUCCAUCCCUAGAAUUUCCUUCUGCUGAGUGUAAUAGUACAAGGCUCAGACUUCCUUCCUACCAAGUACUACACCUGCUGGACCCUUGACCUCUUUCUUCCUCACAAAAUACACUCGUGAGUAGGCUGGGUUAGCUGUACCCUUCUCUUUACCUGUACUUAAGCCAUGUGCUCUAAGUGAGAUAUGCGGGGGAGUCUGGCGCCGUAAAUGCUGCCUGGGAGAGGAGGUUCUCUACUCUCUGCUUAGGGAUGCGUCCCAUGGCAGCCUGACAGAUUUACUAAAAUGAGAGCCAGAAUGUCUAAGGGAAUGGGCUGGCAGAAUUUAAAAAAAAAAAAAAA